AUGGACAUAAUCUCCAAGUUUGUAGAAACUGGUGUUGCGGCCAUCAACUUCAAAACUACAGCAGCGUUCGUACCUAUUCUAGAUGAAAGAAAGGCGGAGAUAGAGAAGAUAGAACGCAAGACUUUUGUAUACGAUGACAAGCGCCACACCAGAAAUGAGCUUGACGUCUAUUACCCGCUAAACUCGACUCUUACCAAGAGUGGGAAGACACCAAUCCUAUUCUUCGUCUAUGGAGGUGGAUACAACACUGGAUCCAAAGAAUUUCCCGAACCAUAUUCUAUGGGAUAUCGCGCGCUUGGAUCUUUCUUUGCGCAGCAUGGCUUCAUCACCGUCAUUCCGGACUACAGACUUGUCCCGGAGGUCAAGUUCCCGGCUUCAUCCGAAGACACUCGUGAUGCAGUCAAUUGGGUUUGCGCCAAUGUCGACGUCAUUGGCGUACCCUCGAUACCCGCGCCAGACGUAGAUGCUAUAUUUAUCAUGGGCCACUCAGCGGGUGACGUGCACACGAAAGUGUUGAGCCUUUAUCCACCGGUGUCGAGUACCGUAAAUCCUCGGUUUAAAGGCGUCAUCUGGUCUGCUGGCAGUUGGUUCAUCGUUGACGAGAAGAAGAGAUUUAGACCCGAAGUCCCCGCAACACAAUACUUCGGUUCUCAGGAGCAACAGAGGGAGAGGGAGCCGAGGGCUCUAUGGAAUGCUCUAUCCGAUGAACAGAUUAAGGACCACCCUGAUAUUCUCCUUGUCAGGGCAGAGCGAGAGCCUGACUGGCUGAUGCUAUCGUGGGAGGAGAUAAUACCAGAUAUCGAGAAGCGGCGUGGAGAGGCUCCCCAGAUGAUCAUUAGCAAAGGCCACAAUCAUAUCAGCCCUAACUGGGCUUUAUGUUCCGGUCAAGGAGAAGAAUGGGGGGAAGAGGUUGUGAACUGGAUGAAAGUUAGAAUUAACUAG